AUGGACAAUGUCUUAUUCCUAGACAAUAGGAAGGGCACAUCUCAAUUAAUGAAAGAUGUUUUUGGCACUUCAAUCCUGCAUGAUUUCCAUAUCAAGGAUAAGUUUCCUGGAGAUAUCAAAGACGAAAUUGAAGGAAUCUUUGAUGAUUAUGCCAAAGAAAAAGACCUGUUUGAAGCUGAUAAAAGCGUUAGUUUGCUUUAUUUGAAGGCUGAAAACCAUGAUGUUUUCAGAAUCAUAAAGUUUGCUGCCAAUUUGAUUGACGAAGUUUCUGAAGAAGAAAUAGUCGUUCCAGAGAAUCACUUGACGGUAAGCUUUAUUCACCUAGCCAUGAAGGUCAUCUUCAAGAAAGAUACCAAGACAUUUCCUCACGUGUAA